AUGGAUGGGUCUUUCGAAACAGCCUACGCUUCGCCUCCAGUGAAGACAGAGGAAAGAUGGGGACGUGAAGACAUGAUGGGCGGCAGACAAGGCCCUAAUGACAAUUAUCGGGGUCGGAGAUCUCCUGGAAUGCAAGAUCGUCGCGGAGGAGGGGGGCAUCGUGGCGGCCGAGGCCGGUCACGAUCCCCUGUAAUGAUCGAUAGGUAUCAGCCCGGUGGGUCAGGCGGUCGUCUUCCACGAGACGACUUUUAUGAUCAAUCGCGCGAGCACGCAUCGCGCAAUCGGGAAGACAAUCGUCGUCGCGCCCCCUCGCCAACCCCACUAAUCGACCGCUACGUACCGGGUCAAAUCCCGCAACCAAUUGUUCGUGUCAAUCCAUUACCCAAUCCUCUUUCACUGGAUUUUCAAGUUGGUUUCAACUGGUUUGCAGAGUGGUGGCGUGUUGAGCAGUCAAUCAAGGAAGACAAAGAGAGGCAGAAAGAUGGUAGUCGACGACAGUCAGAUCGAGGUAUCAAGGGCGAACGCGAGUCGAGGGAAGAUCGUGAGAAAGAGCGGGGGCAGAUACAACUGGCCUACGACGCCUACAAAGAGGAGCUCCAAAUCAAGAUGGCACGGGCCUUCGUGCAACAGCACAAGAAUGAAGAAUGGUUCAAAGAGCGCUAUCAGCCAGAGAUACGGGAUCCUUUCAAGCAACGCCUUACUGACUUCCGACGUGGUGCUCUGGGCCAAUGGGAAUUUGACAUCGAAAACGGAGCCUUUGAUGAAUUUACUCUGGAAGGUAUCUACAAAGCUGAGAGCGAUGGUCUCGGUGGAGUCGUUGAAAAGGAAGAAGGCGAGACCGUUGCCGCUGCUGAAGUCCUGGGUGUUGGUGAUCUAGUCCCCAGCCGAGGUGGAGACAUUCGAGACGAGUCGGCUUUGCAGCCAGCUCUCUUAAUUAAGACACUUGCUCCAAUGGUCAGCCGCGAAAAGAUCGAAGAAUUCUGCAAGGAGCACCUCGGAGAUGAAGGCGGAGGCUUCAAAUGGCUCAGCUUGAGCGAUCCGAACCCGUUGAAAAAAUGCCACCGCAUCGGAUGGAUAAUGAUACACCCCAACUCCGAACAAGAGGCUCCACCAGAGCGAGGAGAUGGGCGUGACGAGGACAAUGAAGGCGAGGUGGAAGGCAUGGCUGAUGAGCCAAAGCCCACUUUGAGCACUGCGGAAAAGGCUCUCGAGGCUAUCAACGGCAAAACAAUUCACGAUGAGCCACGCGGAGACUUCACCUGUCACGUUGGCGUCCACGUGCCAACUAAAGAGCCCCGGAAGAAGGCCUUGUGGGACCUUUUCUCCGCACCUGAACGCAUCAAUCGAGAUCUUGAGCUCGCCAAGCGCUUGGUAUCCAAGUUCGAUCAAGACUUCGGCUCUGAGGCAGACGGUGUGGCCAAGGUUGAACAGCGCGUCGAAGAACUCGGUAGUAAAGGUUUGCUACAAUCCUCGGUUGCUGCGACCGCUAAAAAAGAGAAGAAGAGACAGCAGAUACUUGGUAUGGAUGAAGAUGAAAUGGAAGACGGGGAAGAGGAGGAGGACGAAGAGGAAGAAGAAGGUUUCAUUGACGAAGAGAACGACAGCGAAGAGCUUCUCGUUCAAAAGAAGACCCUCGAUCUACUCGUCGAAUACCUUCGGCGGGUAUUCAACUUCUGUUUCUUCUGUGUCUUCGAAGCAGACUCUGUUCACGAACUCAUCCGAAAAUGUCCUGGUGGACAUCUACGUCGCCCUAGAGCAAGUCUGAGCUCUGCAGCCAAGACUGCUGCGAAAGCGAGCGCCCAAGGACAGCCUUUUCCACUGAAGCGAAACCAGACGGAAGAUGGCGUCGAGAACGGGAGCUCACCGGUAGUUGAGAAGUUCAAUAAGAACUACAAGAAUGACCAGCAGUUGUCGAGAGCAUUCAAUUGGGUCAAGACCUUCGAGGAGAAGAUUCUACAAAUUCUCGAGCCAGAAAAUGUGGACGUCAAGAAGCUCGGUGGGAAGCCACUUGAGGAAGGAUUGGAUGAAGAGCUAAAGAAAUUCGUCAAGCAAGAAGACGAAUCCAAAUUUAGAUGCAAGGUACCAGAGUGCACUAAGCUCUUCAAAGGCGAAAGUUUUUGGCGCAAGCACGUUGAAAAGCGUCACCUCGAAUGGUACGACAGCAUCAAGACCGACCUCAACCUUGUUAACACUUACGUCCUGGAUCCCUCACACAUCGCUCCCUCUCGUUCCGAUGCGAACAGCAAUGGUCACUUCCCCAUGAACAACCAUAAUAUUACUGCCGGCACUCCUCGUGGUUUCAACCUCUCCGCAUCCAUGCCAUUAAUGAAUGGGUUUCCAGCAAAUUUCCCACCGCAGAACUUCACUCCUUUCCCUAACUUUGGCAACCAUACUGUUCAAGCGCCAAGCUGGCCAAUGAACGCCCCAAUGAUCCCAACCAGUGACGAGGGACAUCAGACGGGUCCGAUGCGCCGAGGAGGUGGUCGCUUGGGUACGCGACCAGGACCGUAUGAUCGUCGGCAACCACCUAGAUAUGCCAACGAUGGCCGCUUAACGCCAAUGGCUAGCAACAACCCCAUGAAUAGACGUGGCGGUUUUGCCGGUGGAGCUGGCAAGUGGGGUGAUGGUGGUGCCCAGACUGUGGGGCCACGAGAAGCAGUGCAAGGUAGGACUCUUAAAAAGUACGACGACUUAGAUGCAGCGGAGGGUGGUGGAGGUGCUGAGCUCAAUUAUUGA